AUGCACACUAUCAAAUUGAUGAUGUUUGUGUUGCUGAUCAUUUUCACAGCCAAAUUACCUCCUACUGUAGCAGCUGCUCGGCCUUUGGAUGACAUGAAGCCGGCUGCCACAGCGUUUGGUUCGAAGGUGGUGUAUCGACCACAAGCUAGAGGUCCAGCGCCACCUGGUGGCCCUAACCCAUGCACUCAUAUCCCGCGUCCGGGCAAUGGGAGUUGCAACUGA